AUGUUGGCCUUAACUUUUCUCGUGUUUCAAACGGCUCGCGCAUUUUUUGCUUUGGAAUACUUGGUGAUACUAUCCGAGCAGCAGAACCAAUUCAGCCAGGUGUCCGAGGGCAGCGCCCUAAGUUGGAAUACCCGCAUCAAAGGGUUUAUCGUCUGCUUCAUCGUUGGCAUCUUCCUCUCCGUUCUCGGGUCAGUGUCGAUAUUUUUUCGUAAUUUCAUCAUGUUUGCCUUACUGUUUUCACUCGGAAGCAUCUGUUCUAUUUGCAGUACAUUCUUUCUUAUGGGUCCUAUACGCCAGAUGAAGAAAAUGAUUGAUCCGAACCGAUGGAUAGCUUCCGUCAUAGCUGUUGGUAUGAUUAUUCUGACGCUGUUGGCGGGGCUCGUCGUAAGUUGUUAUGUCAUUUAUAAGCUGUGUCGCUUUUCUGGGAAUCAUCAUAAUUAGUG